UUGCUGGUUUGGUCAAUGGGCACCAUUACAGCAUCGUUCAUGCGCAUAUGCAAUCGCAACGACCCUGAACUUGGGCAGUGUAUCAAGGACUCUAUUCAACGGCUGCUUCCAGAAUUGGUGAAUGGCAUUCCAUCGAUAGGUUUUCCAGCUAUUGAUCCAUUCACCCAGGACAGCAACUACUUCGAGUACAAAAACCAGCAAAUGCAUGGUUCACUGCACCUGAAGAACGCCAAAACCUACGGCAUGAGCCGUGCCCAAAUCCGAGAUGUGCGGGCCGCUGCCGGUGAUGAUACCUUCAACAUGGAAGUCGACGUUUAUUUCCCAAAGGUGAUCACCGAAGGAAAAUACAAGGGAGAAGGACGUUUCAACGCCAUCAAGCUAGUGUCGAAGGGUUACUUCAAUGUUACCACUACUGAUGUCUCCACCACAUGGAAAAUCUCCGGCCGUACUACUCAGCGUCAAGGAGAGGAAUAUCUCUUGAUUGACAAGUUCGACAUGACUCCAGAAGUAGGCGAUAUGAAGGUCUACGCUACGGGUCUUUUCCCAGAUCCAGGACUGAACCAAGUUGCACUGGACUUCGUCAAUCAGUAUUGGCCAUCGCUGUAUAAGGAAAUGCUGCCCGAAACACGUCAUUCCUGGGAGCCAAUGAUGCUGGACAUCAUCAACAAGAUGUUUAACCGUGUUCCUUAUCGAAGGCUGCUGCCCAAAGCGUAAGGAGCAUUCCUAGUUGCUCCUUUACCGUGUAGUAUAGAGUUAUUGUUGCGAUUGUGAUAAGCAGGAUUUGUGCAUUGCACAUUGAAAAACAGGUGCGUUAUUUUUAGCUACAAAAUUAGUGGGGAAUUUUAUUGAAAACGAAAAUACAACGAAUUGUUACAGCAAAAUUGUA